CUGCGCCAUCCGGACCCGCGCUGUUUAGCCCCGCGCUGCCCAGCCCCGCGCUGCCCAGCUCCGUGCUGCCCAGCCCUGCGCCGCGCGAGCCCUCGGCUCCACUUCAGGAACAAAAGAAAUGGAAGAAUUGUCUGAUGUUGAUGCCUUUGCAACUAGACUAAAGAAUACCCUUAUUCAGUACCACAGCAUAGAAGAUGAUAAUUGGCGAAUGGUUAAGAAAAUGAAAGAUGUAAUAGUUUGGAGAAAACCUUCAGAAGAAUUUAAUGGAUAUCUCUUCAAAGCCCAAGGUAUCAUAGAUGACACUGUCAAUGGCGUCAUAGAUCACAUUCGCCCAGGGCCCUGUCGCUUGGACUGGGACAGUCUCAUGACUUCACUGGACAUUUUGGAGCAAUUUGAAGAGAAUUGCUGUGUGAUGCGUUACACUACAGCAGGUCAGCUUUGGAAUAUAAUUUCUCCAAGAGAGUUUGUUGAUUUCUCCUACACCAUAGGCUAUAAAGAAGGCCUUUUAUCCUGUGGGAUAAGUCUUGACUGGAAUGAAAAGAGACCAGAAUUUGUUCGUGGGUAUAACCAUCCCUGUGGUUGGUUUUGUGUGCCACUUAAAGACAAUCCAAAUCAGAGUCUUCUGACAGGAUAUAUUCAGACAGAUCUACGUGGAAUGAUUCCUCAGUCUGCAGUAGAUACAGCCAUGGCAAGCACUUUAAUCAACUUUUAUGGUGACUUACGAAAGAUUUUACAAAAGGCUUAAUACACUCAAAUUUCAAUAUUAUGUUCCUGCAAUCUGUAUGGUCUGAAAAUUUCCUCCUUUUCUUUCUUCAUAAACUGUACAAAAAUUUGAGAUAUUUUUGGUUCAUUUUCUUCCUAAAGUAUCUUUGAGUGGACAUUUCCAUUUUCUUAAGUGGUCAUUUGUAUAUUGUUUGGUAUGGCAUUAUGUCUGGGAAUGGGAAGUAUGCAGAAACCCAUGAAGUAGAGAAGGUCCUUUGACUCAGACUCCUAAAAAGUUGAAUAAUGCCUUGAUAUAAAUAUUUUGGCUGCUGGAAAACUAGAUAAAGUAUACAUUUUUUAUUAUUAGAUUAAGAAAGUCCAGUUCAGUGCUAUGAACAUUUUGAAAAUAUUUUUCAUUUUUUAUAAGGUAAAUAUUAGUGUGCUCUAUGAGUUUGCCAAGAUCUUAGAUUAAAGAAAAAUCCCUUCUCUAUAUUUUAUAAAGAGGAACUUUAUUAUCUGUUGACCUAUACUUCUUUAAGUAUAAAAAGGAGCAGAUAAAAGAUAUGAUAGUAUCUAUAGUGAUCAAAUGCAAAUCUGUUUUGAUAUCUAGAGAGCAUUAUUUUAUAGGUGUCUUAAAAAUAUUUGUAUCUUUAUAUGUAUUUAUUUUGGGAGUCUUAAAAGAAUAAACAUGAGUGAGACAGUAUAGAAACUCAGAGAACUGUAUUAUAGCUUCGUUUUGAUUGGGCAGUAGUCUGUGUUGUGUGAAAUGAUUGGUGAUAUUCUUUAGUCACCAGUAGAGAGCCAUCUCUUUGGAAAGUUAGAUGCAGUGAAUGUCAUAUAUUUGUUUCGUUUUGAGAAGCAUCAUUCAAACUCAUGAAGAAUUACCAACUGUAUAAAAUACAUUUACAAUUAUGAUAUAACUGUAGCCUGGAAUUAUAACAGAUGUCAUCAUACAUGUAUCCUAAUGUCUAAAUGUAUCAACAAAUCCCUUCAUUCUCUGGUCUCCUAAAAUGAAGUUCAUACAUGAUUUUAACAUUCCAAUUUAUUUCUCAACUUCUGAACUGUUCAUCUAGUUUCCUUCUGAAAUGAGCACUUGAAGCAAUCGAGCAUGCCUAUGCAAAUCCAUGUAUGUAUUUGUGUUUGUGUACGUGUAUAUAUCUUUAAAUCUAUUUCACUGUACAAGUGAGUUUUAUAAGUGUUAUUUCUGUUUCUAGUGCUUCUUUUGUUUUGUUUUUUGGUUAAUAGGGUAAAGUAAGCUCAGAAAUAUAUGUUUAGGCACACAAAAAAGCACAAAGGUAUAUAGUAAUUCAGAUGCAUAAAAAUUUGAUGUUCUUUUUUUUUUGCUUUUUCUGAGUGUAAAGAAAGCAUGUCAUAUUUUCUUCCGACUUACUGUGAUAAACUACAAAAAGUAGAACUGAUCUUUAUUUUAAAUUAUUUCCUAUUAAGAAUGAUGACUUCAAAAAUCAAAAAGGCAGCUGUAAUACUACAAUAAUCGUAGUAGAAUGUUUCUAGAAUAAAAGAUUUUUUGAAAGAUCUUACAGAAGCAGUUUCUGUUGAUCCUAUCUUGGUUGAGUUUUAUUAAUAUUUUGCUAAGUUGACUAUAACUUUUGAGUUGCUAGAUUUCUUUGUUACUCUUUCCUCUUUUGCAACAGGGAAAAAAAACUUGGCAGUAUAGAUUUCAUUUGAUUUUGUCAAUUUUCUUUCAUUUGGUUUUAACCAUGUAAUUUUGGGAGGCCUUUUAAUAUGUCAGUAUUCUGUCUAGGACAGUGACAUACCAGCAGAUGUUCAAUUAGAGGGUUCUAGAUUGGGUUAAAAAUCUGCAACAAGGCUGUGCAUUAAGUAAGGGCUACUGACGCCUGAUCUAGACACCCUUGGUAGGUCAACUGUCCAAUCUAAGUGCACUGAUGUCCCCUUGGUCCUUUGAACUUCUAUCUUGGUUAGUUAUUAUGCAAUCCACUGUUGAAUGUAAACUACUGCAGGCAAAAGGACACUUUUAGCAAUUUUUAAAUUUGGUAUUGUCAUUCAGAUGGAUUAAAAAUUAUAUUUGAAUUACCCGAAAUUUAUACGUAGAGUCUAGAUGUCACUUUAGGUCUGGUGAGCUCUAGUUCUUGACUUUAAAAAACACAGCUUUAUUGAGGUGAGUUUACAAUUUACCAGUAAUAAGUAUACGAUUCACUCAUUUUUGAAUACUUUUGUAUUUGUAUAAGUAUCACCACAAAUCAUUAGUACAUUUGUAUCGCUGGAAAAGAUCCUUUUUGCCCAUUUGUAGAGUCAUAUAUAACCAAAGUUUAGCAUAGUUUCCAGUAAACCGAAGAUAAUGAAAGAGAUGAGGUUUUAUUUGGUAUUUUUUUUUAAAGGAAGAGAGUUGUGUUUAAAUCUAAGCUCAGGAACCCUAAGAUAAUGUAUGAAAUAUAUUAUCUCAUAUCAUAAUAGUACAUAAUAUAAUGUGUGUUGGAUUAAUAUUAGCACAGUUGAUAUUUCCGUUGUAGUGCUGUAGAAUAGAAAAAUUAUAUGAGCCAUGUACACAUUUCAAAAUUUUUAGCAGCCAUAUUAAAAAAGUGAACAGAACUUGAAGCUAAUUUUAUUAGUGUAGUUCAUCUAACUUAAUAUAUCUUUGAUAUUUUCUUCUCAACAUGUAAUUAAUGUAAAAAUCCAGAAGAUAGUUUAUAUCCAUUUCUUUCAAUCGGGUAUGUGUUUUAUUCAUUUGUACUGCCUGUAUUUUAAGUCUCAUUCUUGCAUGAGGGCAGUGGUCUGUAGUGAACACACAAUUAUAUAGUUUAUGUAUAAAUUGUUUCUCUAUAAUAAGAGUUAUAGACUCUCAUGAAAUUAGAUAUUUUUAAAAAUCUCUUCUUGUUUCUGGAUCCUUUAGUGCUGGCUUAGUGGAACCACUCACGUUAGGGAUGAAUCAGUAGUUCUCAGUAAAUUAAAAAUCAUAAGAAAAUUAUUUCCCUUAAUGGUUUAGUUUUAUAGCGUAGUUAGUGAGAUGAAGGAAUAUAAUCAUCCUAUAUACGUGGCUGCCGGGUCCCCACUGGCACUGCCCCUGAACCAUCUGGCAAUGCCGCCCUUUGACUACACAUCCCAGGGUCUUUGAGGUGAGAGAGCUCAGACUUUGCUCAGAGGCAAAGGGCAGUGCCUGAAGGGGUGCCUUCUCCCGUAAUUUGUAACCAUUGCUCCUCUGUUAUGAGCAGUUUGGCUUGGUUCAGGUCUAUUCCUCUUCUUCACUCGGAGGUUAUGUUAAUUGUUAACAAAAGUGGUUCCCUACCACCCUGUCUUACCCGCUGCAGUGCUUGCUGCAUGACUUAUGUACUCCCCGGGAGACUCCCACUUGCACACGUCUGUUAGCAUCUCCUUUGUGCUACACUCCUGCAUGUAUCCCAUCAGUUACUGUCCCUCCACUCUCAGGCGGCUCCUCUUUCCUAUAUUCAUCCCGUUGAAAUGGGAAUAAAGGUUGUUGAUUAUUGUCUGGUCAUCUGUCUGCUACCAGUUUGUCAGUUUGUCUAUCAGCCAGGGACCCUCUAUGAGCCAGGACACACCAGGGGACUAGUCACUGCAGGAUGGUGACUCGGAAGCCUGGCUAAUUAUUUUCUCUAACUUUGCAACAUAUUUAUGCAGUACAGGGUACCUAUAUUUUUGAGGGAAUUAGUUUCAUAGAAGAAAAAUAAUUUAUCAUAAGUGAUACUAUUAUAAAAACUUAAUUCAGAGUGAUAAUUAGCUAUUGAUUUUAAUACAAUACUCAGCAAAAAUAGUUAUGGAAUUUAAUGCUGUACAGUUAAUGUUUAAUGUACUUUGCUAAAGUAGAUUGUAGAUGUUAAAAUUCUUUUUGUUUCAACAUUCUGCAUAUAUGAAUUUGGAUAUAUAUGAAUCUGUAUACUUCAAUUGCAAAAUUAUCUUCCAGUAAAGUUCCCCCUUCCCCCAAAUUUUCUCUUCGUUAAUUGAAAGACAUAUUAUCAACUCUGUUUGAAGUAAAUUAACAUCUCAAUUUAAGAACUCUGUAGUUCAGAUUCCUCUGGAGAAGUUAGGAGAGUGUUAUGGCUAUGGGUAGGUAGAUUCCCUUGGAUAUAGGGACAAGCUUUAACUUUAUAUCAAGAGCACACUAACAUCCUUAGACACAGGAAAAUCCAGUUACUUUUCCAACUCUGAAUUAACAAGACAGCAAUGAUAGAUGCUGAUCCAGCUUCUGUCAGACCCCGUGGAGAGUUCUAUACCCAGUGUAUCCCUCAUGCUUUUCUUACUCAACUACUUGAAGAAGAAAGAUUAGAUUCCUCCCACAGUGCAGGAAAUUGGGUUUAGAAUUUCUUCAUUAUUUUGCUACUUAAUGAUUUUACAUGUGUAGUUAAAGAUUAUUUCUUGCAAUUAAAUAAAAGCUAUAUUACAUAUGGAAUUUAUUUCUUUGGAAGCUUAUAAUUGUUUUAUAGGCCAAUAUAUGAAACUAGAUGAUUUAUUAAAUAAGAGCAUGUAUUACUGUAAAUAAAAAGUUUUUAUUUUUAAAUUGUUUUGAAAUGUACCAAAAUAAAAUUCUAGAUAAUUUU